UUUUUGUUAUCAUUCUCGUUCGGUCACAUGAUUUUUGACGUUACAACGCAACCUAUACUUAUGUAUGCGCAUCAUUAUUUCGAACAUGGCCGCGGUAGAGUACGAAACGAAAGACAAUACUUCGACCGACCUGUCGGAAACAUCGGUAUUGUCGGAUGAAACGGUGAAAACGAUCGAGAAACAUAAAACGUCGGGAAUACCCUUGCAAUCGUCUUGGACAUUUUGGUUGGACAAAGCUAUUUCUGGCACAACUGUCGAAGAAUAUAAAGAAAAUUUAACGAAGAUUUAUACUGUGAACACUGUGCAAAGUUUUUGGGCUGUUUUCAACAAUAUACCAAAUGCUAGUGCUGUACAAGUCAGAUAUAGUUACCAUUUAAUGAGAGAUGAAAGAUAUCCAUUAUGGGAGGAACCAGUCAAUCAAAAUGGUGGAACAUGGAGAUUAAAGUGCCAUAAAUCUGAUACUGAAAAAAUAUGGAAAGAAAUAGUGCUUGCAGCUAUUGGAGAACAAUUUACUGAUUGCGUUGCAGAAGGUGAUGAAGUUUGUGGAGUAACUGUAUCUAUUAGGGAGAGAGAAGAUCUUGUCCAAAUAUGGAAUGCAAAUGCUAAAUUAGCAUCAAAAGCUACAGUUUUAAACAAAGUUCAUUCUCUCUUACCUAAUGUAAACUUCUCUGAAUUUUAUAAACGUAAGCUUGCUAGGAUUAUAUUUUUAUAUGUCUUUGUUUUUUAUUCUGUUCUGUGAUAUUUGUAUUUUAUAGCACAUCAAUCACAUCAUGCCUAUGGCCGUCGUUGAAGAAGUGUUAGUGUUAUUAAAAUGUUAAUAUGUAAUAAUAAAUGUUAAUAUAGGAAUGCGAAUGCAGAUUCUAAUUAUAUAAGAAAAUUUCUAUACGUUUACUUUACUAUAAAAGUUAUAUAGAUUUUUAAUUUGUUGAUAUUGAAUUGUUUAUUAACGUUAGUUAAGUAUGUAAAUCAUUUAUAAGCGUACAAAUAUCGCUGAAAUUGUAACAUUAAACUGUCAAAUAUAUUUUUAUAUUUAGAAAUAUA